UCGAGCCUCUGUGCGUUGCCAUAGAGACCUGUGAGCACUGAGGGGCUCGCGGCCCAGACGCCAGGCUGCGGGGGAGUAAGAGCACCAUGUCUUUCCGCGAGCUCCGCAAUUUUACGGAGAUGAUGAGAGCCUUGGGAUACCCUCGCCACAUCUCGAUGGAGAACUUCCGCACACCAAAUUUUGGACUUGUGUCUGAAGUGCUGCUUUGGCUUGUGAAACGGUAUGAACCUCAGACCGAUAUCCCUUCUGAUGUUGAGACUGAACAAGACCGAGUUUUCUUCAUUAAAGCAAUUGCCCAGUUUCUGGCCACCAAGGCACAUAUAAAACUCAAUACCAAGAAGCUUUAUCAGGCAGAUGGGUAUGCAGUGAAAGAGCUUUUGAAGAUCACCUCUGUCCUUUAUAACGCCAUGAAGACCAAAGGGAUGGAGGGCUCUAAGAUAGGGGAGGAGGACAUCAGCAAAUUCAAGUUUGAUCUUGGCUCAAAGAUUGCAGAUUUGAAGGCGGCCCGGCAGCUUGCUUCUGAAAUCACCUCCAGAGGAGCGUGUCUGUAUGACCUGCUGGGCAAGGAGGUAGAAUUGAGGGAAUUGAGAACAGAAGCUAUUGCCAGGCCUCUGGAAAUAAACGAGACUGAAAAAGUGAUGAGAAUUGCAAUAAAAGAUAUUUUGGCGCAGGUGCAGAAGACUAAAGAUCUGCUCAACAACGUGGCCUCUGACGAAGCUAACCUAGAAGCCAAGAUCGAGAAGAGGAAGUUAGAACUGGAACGAAAUCGGAAGCGGCUUCAGACUCUGCAGAGUGUCAGGCCAGCGUUUAUGGAUGAAUAUGAGAAGAUCGAGGAGGAGUUGCAAAAGCAGUACGACAUUUAUCUAGAGAAAUUUCGAAAUCUGGCUUAUCUGGAACAGCAGCUUGAAGACCAUCACAGGAUGGAGCAAGAGAGGUUUGAGGAGGCCGAGAACACUCUGCGCCUGAUGCAGAACAAGCUGAAGGAGGAGGAGGAGCGUCUGCUGCGCCGUGGAAGUCAGCCAGGAGAGCCUGAAGCGGCCCUAAGUGAUAAGCCUGCGUGGAGUUUAUCCCCUCCCGAGAGGCCCAGCACAGGUAAUGAUGACUCGGACAUUGACAUCCAGGAAGAUGAUGAAUCUGACAGUGAACUGGAGGAGAGGCGACUGUCCAAGCCACGGACGGCCAUGGAGGUGCUCAUGCAAGGAAGACCUGGCAAACGCAUCGUGGGCACAAUGCAGGGCGGAGACUCCGAUGACGACAUGGAAGCAGCACCAGCUCUCUUAGGUAAAUGCAAGACUUCCAGCUCCAAGAAGCAGGAGGACUCCGAGGACAGUGAGAUUGACAUGGAGGGGGAUGAAGAUGACGAUUUGGAAGAAGAGAGCGUUGCUCUCUCGCCAGCUAAGCCCACUCGAAGGGUCCGGAAGCCUGAGCCCCUGGAUGAGAGUGACAAUGACUUCUGACCCCUUUGCCCAAAGGACCACACUGAUUAAAUCCCUCAGUUCUAUAGGUAAAAGGGAAGUUGGAAGGUUAGGAAGGAAACCUAUUUUGUUCACUAAACCAGCUAGACUCGUUGUUAAUGAACACCACCUACUUGCUCUGUAGCCUCCCCUGUGUUACCCCGCAGAGCUUCAGCGAGAACUGAAGCAAGUCCCAGAUGGGAUGUGGGUUUGGUCUUACUUGUUCUCCUG